GCUGUCCUCUGUAAACACACGUAGCUGUUAGCUGAGCAGCUGCUCCCAUGUCUCACCGGAUCCCUGUGCUUGUUUUCGGACGAAACUCUCUUCAUCUCUGACAGCCUGCACUCGGUGUGUCUCUCCACAGAGGUCAGGGAUGCUCCGGCUGUGGUUUAAAGCGGCGUUCAUCCUCUGGCUGGCCCCCGGGUGCCUAGGAACCGCAGCCCGGUUGUACACGGAGGGGGACCCGUUAAUGAUCCUAAGCAGCAGCAGCCUGAAGUCCACAGUCAGUAACUCCUCCUCGGCCUGGCUGGUCCAGUUCUUCUCCUCCUGGUGUGGACACUGUAUCCAGUACUCAAGCACAUGGAAGGCCUUGGCCCGGGACGUCAAAGACUGGCAGCAGGCAAUCAGUGUGGCUGUGCUGGACUGUGCUCAGGAGGAAAACUUUGAUGUUUGUAAAGAGUAUAGCAUCAAGUUCUACCCAACAUUCAAAUACUUUCACGCUCACAGCUCAGAGACGGAUAGAGGGACAAUCUACAGAGGUGCAGACAGAGAGAUCCAGUCAGUGAGACAGCUGAUGGUGAACAUCCUGCAGAAUCACACCAAACUGAACUGGCCUGACCGCUGUCCUCCACUGAAACCAUACAGCUCUGUGGAGCUGCUGCCUCUCUUAGGACAAAGGUCGGAUCACUACACUGCCAUCAUUAUUGAGGAACCGGACUCCUAUGUGGGACGAGAGGUGAUCCUGGACCUACUGCAGUUUUCAGGUGUGGAGGUAAAGAGGGCUUUAAGCUCAGAUCUACCCCUGCUGGACGCCCUGAAGAUCUCCACCUUCCCCUCUGUCUACCUGCUGCACCCGAACGGGACACACUCGCAGCUGCCUGUUCAGAAGCAGUUGCGUUUCUUCUUCUCCUCCUUGCUGAGGACAUUACCAGGAGUUCAGCGACAGUUGAACUCAGGCAGCAGUUCCAGUGGUGGCCUGAUAGGGGCGCUGUCUGACAAACAGAGCAGCGAGCCCUGGAGAGACUUUGACAGGUCAAAGGUGUACACAGCUGAUCUGGAAUCAGCCCUCCAUUACCUGCUGAGAGUCGAACUGGCUACCCAUAAUUCUCUGGAGGGGGAGGAGCUUAAGAUCUUCAAGGACUUUGUUGUUUUGGUGGCAAAGCUGUAUCCAGGAGGGGGUUCUGUGGUGAAGCUCAUGGAGACUCUCUCUGAUUGGCUGCUCAGCAUGCCACUGAAGCGAAUUCCUUACCAGGCUGUACUGGACCUGGUGGACAACAAGAUGAGGAUUUCAGGUGUAUUUCUGGGGUCAGAGCUUCGCUGGGUUGGUUGCCAAGGCAGUAGACCAGGUCUGCGAGGUUACCCAUGUUCCCUGUGGACCCUGUUCCAUGUCCUGACUGUACAACAUGACGCCAAACCCACCGCACUGGAUAACACAGGUCUGGAGCAUGAGGCGGCCCCGGUGCUGCAGGUGAUGCGUCAGUACAUCCGUACGUUCUUUGGCUGUGAGCAGUGUGGCCGACACUUUGAGGAGGCAGCAGAAGAGAGCAUGAACAAAGUGACUAACAAAGAGGAGCAGAUCCUGUGGCUGUGGAACCAACACAACAUGGUCAACUACAGGCUGGCUGGCUCUCUGAGUGAUGACCCCCUCUUUCCCAAAGCUCCCUGGCCGAGCCCCUCCCUCUGCUCCUCCUGCCAUGAGGAGAAAAACGGCGUCCACGUCUGGAACCAAGAGAACGUCCUCCUCUUCCUCCGACAGCACUAUGGUGCCUCCAACCUGUCCCCGAAAUACUCUGUGACUCCCCCACAACUCCCUGCACCUCCACAAAAUCCUGAACCUGAUGCUGCAAAACAAGCCAGCUGGCCUCAGGAGAAGCACAGAGGAGAAGCAGAAGGAGAGGAGAAGGAACUUGAGAAGAAAGCUAAAGAGAAACCAGACCCUCCACCUGUUGACAAGGCUGUGGAGGGGGGGGGGAGAGGGAAGGUUCUGGACCUGGGGGUAAAAGUUAGUAGAGAAGAUGGAAAAGGAGGAGCUGUAGGAGGUGUUUGGAUUCUGGGUCUAGGGUUUAACAGCGUGGACAUGAGUCUUUGUGUGGUCCUGUACGUCUGCUCUUGCCUCUUCCUCAUGCUUCUUUUCUUCUUCUUUAAAGUCAGAUCUCGGAGGUGGAAACUCAGAUACUCCCGACUCCAUGUCUGACCAUAACCAGACUGGCUCAACCAGGACCAGACUGUUGUAAGACAGGCCCAAACCAGGGUGAGCCAGCUCUGUAUAGGAGGUCUUGCUCAUUUUAAAGGACCAGUCCAACAGAUAACAAGCAGCCACUUUUGGAUCUUUGACUUUUUGGCUCAAACGUGGAACCUCAUCUGGAUUUUUUCUGUUUAAACUUAAUUUCAAAUGCUUUCUGUCUGGAUUUAUUUAUUUUACAUUUCAAAAUUUUGACUUGAUCAUUUUACCAGGUGUGUCUUUAGAACUGUGUAUUACAUCUGCACUGAACCAGCUGGAGGCUAAGCUGGACUGAACUGGACUGGUUCUGCUGUGUUCACUUUGUGCCAUGUGUUCCAACCUGCUGACAGGUGACUACCCUGUUCUCACAGGCCCCGCCCCCUUAUACACAGUGAUCUGCGUGUGUUUUUUGCAUAUGUGUGUGAGCGUGUUUCUCUUAACUGUGAAUCAAAGAGCCGUCCUGAUGAUGGUUCUCUGCAGAAAGACACUGACUGAUUGACUAAUGUUAUGUAAUAUUGAUCAGUGAAUUUUGUGUUUUGCCGCCCUCUGGUGUUGCAUAUUGACAAAAACUGUAAUUGACUUUUAGAAAAACUGUUUGAAAUAUAAGAGUUCAGAUUUGUGAAAAUGUAUAAACUAUUUUUUUAAACUGACCAAAAACAACUCAAAACAAGUGCAGUAAUUUCCCACUGUAUGGUUAAGAAAAUGUCAAUGUUAGAUGAUAAAGUCUGCACAUUUACAGAAAAAAACUGAAAUCAAAGUCUGUGUUUUGGUGACGCACACUGAAAUCUUUGUUUGAUCAUUUAAGAUAAGAUAAUCAUACUAUAUAUUUGAAAAAAUGUUGCCUGUGAAAAUUCAUUUUGUUGGAUUUCAUUCAGAUCAAAACAAUUUAACUGCUAAGAAGAAGCCAAAACAAGCAGACAUCUAAAUGUUAUGAAGACUGACAUAGAUGAAGGUAAUUGUGUUCGGUGGGUCAGUAUUAUUAUAAUUAUUAAAUCUAUUUUUGAUCAUGAA